UAUUUGAGGGCGGAGAGAUUUUGUAGCUGAUGCCUGUGAAAUGAAAUCAGCUUGUUGCCAUUUGUUUCACAGAAUCAAAGUUGCGGUGGAGUGAUACGGACUAAAUCCUCUUGGGUUUACAGUGAACAGAGACCACAUUUGUCUAUACACCGGUAAUAUCAUCGAAGGACAUAUCUUGUGGCAGGUCUUAGCAGAUUUCUGCCGAAUGGAUGAUGAGGAGGAUGAUGUGUUUGUGCCAGACUCCUCCCACUGCUGGCGCACAGCCUUCAGGGAAAUAAAGUACGAGGACAGAGGCACCCAGACACCCAGCCCUGCUCUGGCACUGCCCAACGACAUGCUGCCCUGUGGGGUGGAACAGGAGCCCAGACCACUCUUCUACGGCAACGCAGGCUUUCGAUUGCACUUUCCAGCGCGGUUUGAGCAGGUUGGAGACCAGGGGCCUCAGGAGCAGCAUCAGGGGGAGAGAGGGAGGAUGGAACGGCUUCAACAGCAGCCACACCAGCCAGUACAAAGCAUGGAGGUCUGCAUUGGACAGAAACUCCAACUCAUCGGAGACCAGUUCUACCAAGAACACCUUCAACUGUAUCACCGAAACCAAAGGAAUAUGAGGCCCUUGUGGUGGCGCCUGGCCUCAGCUCUGCUCAUCCUGCUGUUUGAGCAGGAGGCCAUCGCUGGAAGGGGGAGAGCAGGGUGGAGGUGAUGGAGAAGACCAGCCCAGACCACCCCUCUCCCACAGGGACUGGACUCCUAAUGGCACUGUCAAAUUUAACAUGGGUCGGUUGGGGGAAAAGAAGAGAGAAGAGGUCACCGCAGGACGGAGACAACCAUUUUUUUACAAGGUAGAUUUUUUUCCAAGAAGAUGCCAUGUUGUUUCAUGAGAUUCCUCUACUGGAUGAUGUCCUUGUUUUGGUAAUUGUGUGAUGUAGUAUUUUGUACAGUCAUUAUUCCUGUUGAAUUUGUUUGCACUUCCGUAUGUGUACAUCUUGAAUGGCCUCCAUGGACCUGGGAAUGCCUUAUCAAUGUCACCUGCCACAACCCAACAACUGUUGACAUGAACCAAGCAGAAUAACGCAAGAUAUGGAGGGAUCUGAAGAAGGGAAAGAAGAGUGGUUCAUGGGGUUUUCUUUUCUGAAGUUUCCCAGGAAAUAAUCGGUCAAACUUGACAACUUACCAAAUUUCCAAAGGCACAGUUUCUCAGAACAAAGCAUUUUGCACCUCAACUCGUCCUUCUCCUCAAUGGGGUUGUGUGUACUGUCAUAAUACUGUUAUAUUACAUGUUGAUUUUUCUUUGCUCUUCCAGUCACUUUCAUUGCAUUGAUUUCAAUAAUUGUUGUUUUUCCCAGUGUCACCAAAAGUAAUAAGAACAAAAUGGUGGAGCACUCAGUGGCUUCUAAGGUGGUUAGUGCCACUUUGUGGUGUGAAGGUAGAUUUCGAUUUCGAUUUAUUAUGAUCCCCAUUAGCCGACACCAAUGGUGACAGCUAGUUUUACUGGGGUCCGACAUAUAACGAAAAAGACAUUACAGACAAAAUACUUUUACAAUUUAGAUACAACUUCCGAGACAAAGGGGAUCCCACGAAUUACUUCAAGUUACUAAGAAAGAACACCGUAUUUUCAAUCAUAGUCUAUUUCAGAUGGAUCUUUUACUAAUUCCAUAAGUCCCAAAACUGGACCCCAGCCACUGUAAGAAACAGUGUGCUGAUCAUUUUAGUCUCUUAAGACUUUCAGGCCCUUCAAGUGGAGCUAUGGAUCCACAUUGUUUGCACUAUAGUACAUUAGUCAGGAGUAGAUUAGGUUACAAAACCAACCUCUGUUAUUCAAUGAAGGUGUUUAACUGUAUCUGAUUUCUCAUGGUAACAUUACAAUGUUUUCAGUCACAUUUCCAUUCAUUUUUAUUCACAUAUCAUCACAGGAACUGACCAAUGGACCAACAGUCUGAGGUACUAGUGAUGCUAGUUAACUGAAUGCCUCAUUGAAAUUCCAGUCUUUUUUAGGCCUCUAACUGAUGUGCUUUUUAACCCACUGUCAGAUAUUAAAUUGUAUUCUGGACUCCAAUGCAAUAAUGUGCAAACAAACCAGUGAAACAACAGCCUUUCCUCUCCUCUCCUCUCAGGAUUCUUACAUGGGCUUUUAUACUUCUUUUUGUACCUGUGGGGUGAUCUUGUAUUAGUCCUUUGUCCUCAGAUCCUGUGGUGUAACUGUUUGAUAGAAAUGACCACUGCUAAUCCAAUUGACAAGAGAAAGUGUCUGAGAUUAGAAGUAACUGGUAGUGUGGAAGACUGUAUUUACUGUUGAAAUUUGAAUCUGUUUGAUGUAUUUUUGAAGAUGCUGUUUGUUGUACAUUUUAUUGCCUUUUUACUUUACUUUCGUCCAUUUUGAAGGAGCAGUAUACAUAUUUUAGACACAGCUCGUAUUACCCGGUUAUGUUUGGUCCUACAGUACUUAUGUGUCAUCAUCUGUCUGUAUAAUCAGAGCUUUAUUUCAAACCUUCAUUUAGAAUACUGGAGAUAUGUCUCAGGGCCAGGGAAAAUACAAUACUCUUAGCAAGAGUUUCCCAUAUAGAGUAGAAGGACAAAGGAAAUGAGUGGUUAAGUCCAAUUCUGUUGUCUGCAUCACUUGAAAUACAUUUGAUGCAUAACCAUAGAUACAAAGGUACACUUUAGACAGAGUGGUCAGAUGAUUACGCUUGCUAUGACUGUUAUGGCAGGGACUACGUUAGAAGCAUGUGGGGCAGUAAGAGAUCAGCUGAACGUUGGUGUUGUUUGUUGUUGUUUCCUGCAGAUCCUGAACACUGAGCCAGUCACCGUAGCUUCCUGUCUCACUGUUGCACAUUGACCAGUUUCUAAACUUGCUUAUCUCCGUCUACUGUAGCCUACAUCUAUGUGUACUGCUCCUCCAUUUCCUUUAGGACUUUUGGUGUUGUUUUCAGUUUUGUAUUUAUUUUAUAUUUAUUUUUUGUAUAUUCACCCUUUUCUACUGUAUAGAUUUUGUGUGCAAUUUAUCUUCUUUUUUUGGUUCUAGAUGUGUGUAUGAUACAUUUGUUUGACUGUGCAGAGCGAUGGUUGUCUGCACUGUGUCUGGUUUUCCCUGAGGGUAAUAAUCUCCAGAAAUGGGCCCAAUCGGUUAAGGCAUUUAUCUAAAUCAGCCACGUCACGUCAUCCAUUCAGUAGACAGCAGUAGAAUAUAUUUCCUGGUCAAUGGCUUGGAGCUGGAUCAGUAACCUUCAGAUAAUUUGCCUCGUUUUUCUUUAGUCACUGGGCAUUGGUUAUGGGUUCUGUACUUUUUGUCUUCUUUAGCGUUCUUUUGUAAUCAACAUGCACUGGAAAGUACUUUGCGUCUGUAGAGCUGGUGGCUCCCUGAGCUAUCCCUGUGUUAUUGUACAGUGUACUCUGGAUCGUUCUCUCAAGUCUGUCAGGUGCUGAACUAGCUGAGUGUGUCUUUACUAUAGCAGACCAUUGACGAAGCUAUAACCUGUAUAGCACAUUUUUGGAUUUCUUUGAAAGAGAAACAAACCACCAUGGUGCCCAGAAAUCAUUUGUUAGAGAGGGUUCUGAAGCUGUGUAGUGCAGAUAGUAUAAGGCAAGUCUAUCUCAGCACUGUGCAAGGCUACAGGAACUCAAAGGAGUGAGUUUUGUAUAUUAUGGAUAAACCGUAAGUGUCUUGAAUUUUUGUAGUCCACUUUCUUUAAAUUUGAAGUUUUUUGAGGAAGGUUUCAAUUUGUAUGUUUCUUUUUUUAUUAUUUGUAUUAAGAACCUUCCUUGGUCAUUGUCUUCGUAACUUUUUAAAUGUCUUUUCAUAUGAAAGGGCCAGGUUUUAUACGGACAGUUUUUAGGCUUUUAAAUCCUUUUUAAUACUUGUUGGAUCUUUUUAACGAGUCCAAUGAGAUCAAGGGCUUUUUCGUAUAAAAAUGAACUUGAAACAUUCCUUUUGUGACUGGUUCUGGUGUAAACAUGUUUUCAACAACAAAACAAAAAAUGUAUUUCAGUGUUGUACACCAUAUGAUAUCUGACAUCAUCAGCAUUACACAUGGUCCUUUCUAAGGAACCGAUGAACUGUACAUGUAUUACUGACACCCUGGAAAAUGCCUUUAACUGCUCAGUUUCAACUAAGUCUUGAUUAUCACACACUCUCUGUACUCCCAAGAAAAGAGACCCAGUGAAAAUGUAGCAUUUCUGUAAACAUUGACUGUGUGUUUUCGAGACUGUACUGUGCACUCAUUUAUUUUUUAGCGUUUCAUUUUUGUUGUCGAAGGACAAUUUGUUAUGUAGUGCAAUAUGCUGUACAUAUAAGAGCUUUUCUCUGCAAAUCUUUUUCUGAAUUUCUUCUUGUUUUUUUGGCUCUUUUUUUUCAAUAAAAUUGUAUUAAA